AGUCCCAGUGAAAGCAAAUGAAUACUGCAUACAUGAACAUUGCAGUCUGUUUUUUAGGUAGGUAAGAAGGACAUAUAAAAGUGGUCUGAUGCCUUCAGACUUUGAGGGGUUUCUGGUGUUAGUCAGUAGAACCUGAGCAGGAGAACCUCACUGUCAGGGAAACACUGGAUGUACCCAUGCCAUGCCGGGCCGGCCCGGGCGGUGACGUCAUCACCCCAACGCCCCAAUGCAGUGUCAGUGAUUUUAUACACACACACGCACCAAACGGCGCGAGCUCGACCUGCUCCACGGAUUUACAAUAAGCCGCCUGGAGAAGCAAACCACCAACAACAGCAGCACGUGUCUUUGUGGAUGAUACCGGGGUGCUGAAGCGGUGCUCGUGGACGCGUCGUGGAAAGUCGCAGUCGCAGGUCUGCCCUGAUUGCACCGAAGCCAAGCCGUCGGCUAAGCCCUAGCAUUAGCGUUAGCAACGGAUUAAAUGCUAAAUAAGUCAUAACAGCCGCUAUUUCUAUAGUAACUCUUUUAUAUGCACGCGCCGAAUCGCGGUUGCUAGGACUGAGCUAGCAUCGCUUUCCGGUGUUAGCAUUUCCAACGGUUUCCCGGGUGCGGUUGCAUUGCAGUAAUGCAGUCAAAGCUAGGUAGCUAAUGCUAAAUGAAGGGAUCGAGUGAUUGAGUGUUUUAUGCCCGUGCAUGAGGAUGGACAGUGACCCUGAGAGGACAGGGACAGGGACAAGUCUCGGUCGGCCGUGUUGUUGCCCUCGCCGCCGCUACCACCACCACCGCCGCGCACCGCUCCGUGGAGCAGCUCGGAUCUGAACCGCAAUCCGGCUUCCUGAAGAACUUCUCCGGGCUGCUCAGGGCUCCAGUCAUCAUCAUGGCAUCAUGCUAACGACAUGGGCUGUGUUUCCAGCUUUCCUUUUACAUGGUGCAACUCCGGGACCAAGAUCUCACCACAGUGAUCUGAUGAUACACCUUCUCUUUAUGUCUCUGGAUAUUCCUGGGUGAUAACAGAACAUCCUGGACCUACACUAAUCCUGCUGUACAAUGGCCAUUAUCAGACCUCCAGCUGACCUGCUGUGCACCCAGAAGACUUUAGAGGUGUAAUAAGUUGUUUUAUUUUCUUCCUAAUUCUGUACAAAUAACCAAGAAAAUAUGUAGGACCUGCUAAAAUAAGUUGCACGUGGCCUCAGCUUUAUAUAAAGUGUACUAAAAAGGUGCUGAGAAAACUCAAUGAACAAUUUUUCCAGCCCUGAAGGCUUGUUUGUGUCCAGAUCAGCGUCCUGUCAAUCAUUUUAUAGACCCUCCUACAGUGGGUGGAGCUACAUGGUAUUGAAUCAUUCAAAUGAUGAACCCAUCUAACCUAUGCUAAAGCAAAAAGUUUAACCUAAUGCACCUUUAAAUCAGUGUCAUAACCAGGGUGAGGUGAUCGAUCAGCUCAGCUGCCGUUAGAUAAUAUGGCAGCUUGCAGACAGCACUGACUUUUUUCGUUUUGUUUUUCUAAACAACUGCCUAGUAAUUUGUAAAAUCUGCUGCCAUGUCGAGCAAAGCAUCAGGCAAAGAGAAGAAGUCCGGCCUCGGGAAGAAGUUGUUCAGGAGAGGCUCGGUGCGGUCCGUGGGCAGCUUUAUGAGCAGAGUGCUCAAGACCUUGUCCACUUUGUCUCAUUUCGGAUCGGAGCUCCAGCCACCCGAAGGAGAAAAGGACGACGGAGGAUUUGCCGCGUUCAAAAACGAAGGCAAGGGAUCGGUGGCCUCCGACGACAGCGACUGCGGCGGCUUCCUCGGUCGGGACAAAGUGCCCGGCGUGUCGGGUCUGAAGAACCAUGGCAACACGUGCUUCAUGAACGCCAUCCUGCAGUGUCUGAGCAACACGGAGCUCUUCGCCGAGUACUUGGCGCUCGAGCAGUUUCGUGGCCAAACUGAUGAGGAAGAUAAACCCAAAGCCAACGGAGUUCAUCCUCCCAGGAAAGAGAAAGGAGAAGUGACGGAGCAGCUGGCAGGACUGGUCCGAGCUCUGUGGACUUUUGAAUACACUCCUCAGCAGAGCAGAGAGUUCAAGAACUCGGUGGCGAAGCGAGCCUUGCAGUACAGGGGAAAUGCUCAGCACGAUGCUCAGGAAUUCCUUCUCUGGCUACUGGACCGUGUGCACGAGGACCUGAACAACAUCGGCCAUAACAGACCUUCUAUAAAGCCUCCGAUAGAGGAAGAUGAUGGAGCGCUAGAGGGACCUUCACCCCCGCUGUCAGCUGGCUCUUUUGUCCAGGAGCUGUUUCAGGCACAGUACAGGUAUAAUAGCAUCUUCACCACUUGCCCACACUGCCAGAAGCAGAGCAACACUUUUGAUCCUUUUCUUUGCAUCUCGCUUCCUAUCCCGUUACCUCAUACUCGGCCCCUGUACGUGACAGUGGUGUAUCAAGGCAAGUACUCUCACUGCAUGAGGAUCGGCGUGGCCGUGCCCCUCAACAGCACCGUCUCCAGGCUCAGAGAGGCCGUUUCGCGUGAGACGAAGAUUCCUCCAGACCAGUUUGUCCUGACUGAAAUGUAUUAUGACGGUUUCCACCGUUCCUUCUGCGACGAUGAAGACGAUCUCGACAUCAUUCAAGAAAGCGACUCCAUCUUUGCGUUCGAAACUCCAGAGACAUUCAAAUUAGAAAGUCUUCGAUCUAAAAGAGGGAGCCUCCUGGCAAACCUUAACCAGAACAAUCUAAAGUACGGCAACGACAGCCCUCGCACCCCAUCGUUCAUGCAAGGGGCGGUGAAUCCGGCCUCGCCCAACAAAAACGCAGGCGCUGAUAAGAUGAUCCUAUUGAUCUGUAACAGAGCCUGCAUUGGCCACCAAGGACGAAGGUUUGGCCUUCCAUUUGUACUGUACAUGGAGCGCACUGUAACCUGGGAUGUUCUUCAGAAGGCCAUUCUGGAGAAGAUGCAUCAUCUGUUGAGACAAGGAGUUUACAUCCAGGUGGGGCCUUUCAGCCUGCGAGUGGUUGGUGUGGUCGGGAUCACAUACUUGUUACCACAGGAGGAAUUUCCUUUGUGUCACCCCACUGUGGAGAGGGCAUACAAAUCCUGUGGUGCAGGGGGCCCCCCUCAUGUCAAGAUUGUAGUGGAGUGGGACAAAGAGACCAAGGAUUAUUUGUUCGGCCACACGGAGGAAGAGUACAUCCCUGACGCCGAGAGUGUGUACCUGCACCGUGAGCAGCACCAUCAGCCCCAGGCUUGUACCCUUGCUCAGUGCUUCCAGCUCUACACGAAAGAGGAGCAGUUGGCACCAGAUGAUGCCUGGCGAUGUCCGCACUGCAAGCAGCUUCAGCAAGGCCGCAUCAAGCUCAGCCUUUGGACCCUGCCCGAUGUUCUCAUCCUGCACCUUAAGAGGUUCAGACAGGAGGGAGAUCGGCGGGUGAAAAUGCAAAAUAUGGUGCACUUCCCACUGCUGGGCAUGGACAUGGCUCCACAUAUGGUGAAAAGGAGCCAGAGCAGCUGGAGUCUCCCAUCGCACUGGUCACCGUGGAGAAGACCUUAUGGCCUGGGCCGUAACCCUGAUGACUACCUGUAUGACCUGUAUGCCGUGUGCAAUCACCAUGGAAACAUGCACGGAGGGCACUACACAGCAUAUUGUAAGAACUCUAUUGACGGACAAUGGUACUGCUUUGAUGACAGCGAAGUCCAGACAAUGGCUGAUGAGGAGGUGUGCCAGCAAACAGCCUACAUUCUCUUUUACCAGAGGAGAGCAACUAUUCCUUCAUGGUCUGCUAACAGCUCUUUGGCUGGCUCCACCAGCUCCUCUCUGUGUGAGCACUGGGUUAACCGGAUUCCUGGCAGCAAACCUCCCAGCCUGGCCUCGGGAGCCUCCUCGCGGCGGACAUCCCUUGCUUCCUUGGCCGAGUCCAUGGAGUUUCCUGGAGAUCGCAGCGAAGACGACGGAGGAUUCUCCACCCGACCCUUUGUGAGAAGCAUUCAACGUCAGAGCUUGUCUUCCAGAUCCUCCAUAGCUAGCCCGCUAACCUUCAGUGAGAACGGGAUGAAGCCCUCCUGGUCGUUGUCUGCCAAGCUUCAGAUGAGGUCAAGCUCGCCCUCGCGCUUUUCUUUAGACUCGCGUUCGUCGCCGCCGCUAGAGAGGAUCGGAGAGGCCUGUGACGACAAGGUGUCGACGUCAUGCUUCGGGAGCUACAGCAGGCAGGAGCGCCAAACCGGGAGCAAAGCCCCGCUUGCCAUGAUGGAAGGAAACAGCAGUGAUGAUGGCUGUAAAAGGAACACUGACGAGGUCUACUCCAGGGCUCCCACAGCGGCUGACAAGAAGAGCUCGAAAGGAGAACCGUUGGACAACAACAACCAGAUUACUGCUGUGGACCAGAAUGUGCAUGGGACUCCUUCCAAGGAGCCAAAGCACAAGAGUUCAGGAGGCUCUGUGUCAAAGACAGAGGUGUCUGGUUCCAAAAAGACCUCGACCAAGACAAAAGGGGAUCAAGAGAAGCUGUCUAAGAAGCGCCAAAGCACCUCAGCCACCCAAAAGUCUCCUUCUUCCCAAGUGUCUUCCAGCUCUCAAGGGAAAGGUGCCAAAGUGACCAAUUUGAAAGAGAGAAGUGACUCUGCCAAGGCGAAAGCCAUCUCUCCUGGAACCCCAUCGAAGAAGGAGUCUUCCCAGUCCCCAGAUGCAGCAUCGCCAUCCGGAGCCGCAAAAACAAGGCAGCGUCUGACCCCAACCCCUCUGUCGUCCGCUUCCCCCUCACCCACGGUAAAGAAAAGUUCUUCGGUGAUGGAGAAGAGCUCCAGCUUGUCAUCAAGCAGAAAGAAGUUGGCCGAGAGGACCUCUAGCCGGGAAUUGUCUCAAGCCAGUCCCCUGACAGAUAGACCUCGAGUGCCGCUAAAGGGUGCAGAAGGAGGCCGGCCUGAGCGGAAGCCGGUUCGGAGCUCAAGCAGCAGCUCCUCUCUCACCAGCCUGCGGUCUCCCAGUAUCUCAUCCAAAGACCUGCGACGGUCCAGCAAGUCCGAGGACAAAGGUCUCUCCUUCUUCAAGAGCGCGCUGAGGCAAAAGGAGACGCGCCGUUCUACCGAUCUGGGCAAGAGCGCUAUUCUCUCUAAGAAGGCGAGUGAGAGGACAGCUAAGUCCACCAGCCAAACCAAGCUCAGUACAGAGGAUGGUGAUGGUGACGGAAAUUCUUCACCCGCCUCACUCUCUAGCAAGACUGCCAGCGAAGACAAGGAGACGCCCAAAAAUUCCACCUCUCUCAAACGUUCACUGUUACCCGUAGGCAAGUCCAAGUCUUCCAGUUCAGAUGCCAUCCUUCAGUCCCCUGUCAACGGGAAGAGGCCCCUCGAAAAGACUGCCUCGUCCCGGAAGCUUUCCUGCAGCAUGCAAUCCGGGCAACAGAGACGCAUCAAUAAUAUUUAAAACUGUCGUUUUUUUUUUUUCUCUGCAAUGCAGCUAUUUUUUUGAUGUGCCUAAGAUAUUUAUACCCACUCUCACAGGUUCUCGUGUGCAUGUGUGAGUGCAAGUAUAUACAUAUAGCAUAUAACUUUUACUUUUCUCAAAGAAAAUGUGUACAUUAUCAGAAGCGCCUUUCUACCCUGCCACGGAGACGAUUCGAUGGCAAGGGUGCGGUGUUCGACUUUACUACUGUAUAAACUCCGAAUGGGUUGUUCCAACUUAGCACUUUGUAUAUAUAUAUAUAUUUUUUUUUUCUGUUUCAAACCAGGUGUACCCAAGACUGUGUAAUAUGAUUUAUAUUUUUUAA